UAAACUGCUUCCUAGUUCGUGAACUUUCUAGGUCUAGUAAAUUUAUCAACAUUUUGUUUGAUAAUAUUCUUAGGACGUUAGAAUCAUUAAGAUUUCUGAUUCUUUUUAAUCAUAUAAACAGGUUAGGGUAUAGAUCUAGUAGACAUCUACUCUAGUGUCACCCAGACUCAGUGAGUGAUUAAGAAUUAUGGCACACUAUAAAGGAGCUGCUAAAGAGGCUGGAAGGGCCGCAACACUUUUGAAGAAAAGAGCCAAGGAGCAGGAAGAGGCAGAGGCAAAGAAAAAAAAAAUUGAAGAAGAACUUGCCAUUGGAAAUAUUCACAAUAAGUUUGCUACUCACUAUGACGCCAUUGAACAAUCUCUCAAGUCCAGCACUAUUGGUUUGGUUACUUUAAAUGAGAUGAAAGCUCGUCAAGAAAAUGUGAUCAAAGAAAGAGAACAGCAGCUGGCAAAGAAAAAUGCAGAAGCUCGGCUUAUAGAGAAAGCAAAAGAAGACAAAAAGAAAAAAGAUCAACAGAAGAUAACAAUGCUUUCUUUUGACAUGGAUGAAGAAGAGGAGGAGGCAGAGGCCAGUGUGGAUAAAGAGCCAGACAAAGAAGCCUCGGACAAUUCAUAUGAUGCCGAAGACUUUAGAGAGGAGGUAAAAAGAGAAGAAACUGCAGAAGAGAGAAAAGAAAGAAAAAGAAAGAAAAGAUUGGGCAUGAACCCAGAGGUGGACACAAGUUUUUUGCCAGAUAGAGAUAGAGAUGAAGAAGAGAACCAACUCAGAGAAUUAUUGCGCCAGGAAUGGGUGGCUACACAAGAAAGAAUCAAGAACGAGGAAAUCACAAUCACUUACAGUUACUGGGACGGCUCAGGACACAGGAGACAGGCUAAAAUGAAGAAAGGAAACACUGUUCAACAGUUUUUACAGAAAUGUCUGGAAAGUUUGCGUAAGGAAUUCAACGACUUGAUGCCUGUCUCUGUUGAUCAGUUAAUGUAUGUCAAGGAAGACCUCAUCAUUCCUCAUCACUACUCUUUCUAUGACUUCAUCGUGACCAAGGCUAGGGGGAAAAGUGGACCCCUGUUUGAUUUUGACGCCCAUGAUGACAUUCGUAUUGUCAAUGAUGCCAAAGUGGAGAAAAGUGAAUCUCACGCAGGGAAAGUCUGCCUAAGGAGCUGGUAUGAGCGUAAUAAACACAUUUUCCCUGCUAGUAGAUGGGAGCCAUAUGACCCAGAGAAAAGUUGGGACAAUUAUACAAUAUCUGAUAGAAAUGCUGUUAGAAUUACAGUCAAAUAGACUCGGUCAUCAUCUCUGGAGUUUUGUUUGUUUGAAUUUUAUGACAAAAUCUUCAAUGACUUUCAACUAAAAAUCAUAAUUCUGAACUCCUUAUGGGUAUUUCAAUACAAUAUUAAAGUCCUCCAACAAA